CUGUGGACUGUACGCCACAGCAGACCAAGAGCGGGGCAGACAGUAGUAAGGCAACGGCAUUCAUCCUGUGACCGGAGGACAACUCUUCUUGGUUCCUGAGGUUUUCGGUUCCUGUUCAGAGGACCGGAAACUAACUCUACACCUUACAGGCGGUGCAUUCGUGAAAGAACACCCAAAAUAUUGUUUUUGAUGACCGAGACUUUUUACGUAUUCCAAAGCAAGACAGACUGCGGGUCGGGAAGUCGGUUUGCAUUAACCCCGUUCCCCGUCUCCAAGAGACGCACAAAAGGCACACUCCCAAGUCUACCUGGAUAAGCUGACAAAGCCGUCCGGUCCGGUAACAGAUCCAGAAUUGGAGAGGAGAAAUAAGCGCGGAAAGACGGGAGCAAGACAAGGGGAAGACAGGAUGAAACUCAAGAGUCAUUUGAUUUUCACCCUCUACACUAUUUAUGGGAUUCUUCUUAAAGUGAUGGCUUCAAAAGGCAAAGUUCGAGGGAUGAGCGGACAGUAUCCUCUGGUUCAGAACGUGACUGUGACAGAGGGUGGGACAGCGAACCUGACCUGCCGUGUGGAGUUUAAUGACAACACCUCCCUCCAGUGGUCAAACCCAGCACAGCAGACCCUCUUUUUUGGGGACAAGAAGGCUCUAAGGGACAACAGAAUCGAGCUUGUGCGUGCAACAUCAUCAGAGUUGACCAUCAGCAUCAGUGAUGUCACGCUGUCUGAUGAAGGCAUGUACACCUGUUCUCUCUUCACCAUGCCUGUAAGAACGGCCAAAGCUUACUUGACUGUUCUGGGUGUGCCAGAGAAGCCAGAGAUCGAUGGCUUGACAAAGCCCGCCAUGGAGGGAGACCACAUCACUCUGACCUGCAUCACACAGGGCAGCAAGCCCGCCGCUGACCUGCGCUGGUUCAGGAAUGAAAAGGAGGUCAAAGGUGCCAAAGAGGUGAAUGCAAGUGGGAAGACAUUUACAGUACGGAGCUCUCUACAGCUGCAAGUGGACAGAAAUGAUGAUGGAGUGGCCUACACCUGCAGAGUGGACCACGUGGCACUCACACAAGCACCACAGCAGGCCACUGAAGUACUGGAGGUCCACUAUGCUCCUCGUGUGGAGAUCACCCACUCCCUUGCAGUCCCUCAGGAGGGUCAGUACUUGAAGUUGGAGUGUGUGUCCAAAGGAAACCCUUCGCCAGAUCCAGUGACGUGGACAAAGGAUGGAAGUGAACUUCCUGACCUGGACAGGAUGAUUGUAGAAGGAAGAGAGCUUACCUUUACGUCUCUUAACAAGACAGACAACGGGACCUACCGCUGUGAAGCUAGCAACCACCUAGGGACCAGCAGUGCUGAAUAUGUACUCUACGUCUAUGAUCCCAAUGCUCUCGGGCAGCACGGCACUGACCAUGCCUUGAUCGGAGGAGUGGUGGCUGUAGUGGUCUUUGUCACCUUGUGUCUAAUCAUUGUUCUGGGAAGAUACCUGGCCAGGCAUAAAGGAACAUACUUGACAAACGAGGCCAAAGGAGCGGAUGAUGCCCCCGAUGCCGACACAGCCAUCAUCAACGCUGAGGGCAACCACGCGCACGCGGAAGAAAAGAAAGAAUACUUCAUUUAGACUGCAGGGGGAGCUGUGCAGCUCUUGCCUUCUCAUUUCCUUCUUUUGAUCUCUGUACUUCUUAUUCUCUCUUUCCGUCUCCCACUUUUCUUGUUCUCCUCCGGCCACUGGCCCCCAUUAUGUCAACAAGGAACCCACAGGCAGUCCACAAACAGACAAGUUCCCAGUGUGUUUUCCUGUUAUUUCCUUCUGUUGAAACGAUUUCUGUCAUUUGCAUCUUGUCCUUUAUUGUCCCAUUGGUUUGGGGUUUUUUGUUUGUUGUAUUUUGCUUUUGGCAGAUGUUUUUCACUG